AUGACAGACUAUUACUCCGUGCUUGGUGUCUCUCGCGAUGCUACCCAUCAACAGAUCAAAGCAGCAUACAACAAGCUAAUUCUCCAAGCCCACCCUGAUAAAGGUGGAUCUCAGCCAAAGUUCAUUCAAAUUCAGGCUGCAUGGGAAGUCCUCAGAGAACCUGCCGCCCGCGCAAUCUAUGAUGAAGGCCACAACGCAACCAACCAGAAACCCAAGAAAUCUCAACCACAUGGCAAAGCUCAGAACGCUCAAGGGGGUCAAUUUCCACGCGAUCAGUCCCAUGGCGCCUCAGACGACGACAUUCCCAUGCCGGGUGGCGGUUCCUCUCAAACGUCGAACGACAACCACAGAUUCGGCUCCGGCUCAAGACCUAACGGCAAUUCCUGGACUGGCUAUCGUGAGUCUGCUACAGGAUCCGCGUAUACCGACUGUUAUGGCGCGUCUGCUGGCGCAGCAAACGACAACGACACGAAGCCGAGAGCUCCUCGCACCUCAACGCCAGAAGAUACUUCACACCACCGAUCUCGCAAUGAGCGGUCCAACUACCGAGAAUCCUACCGCCAGCCGAGACCUCGAGGCUAUCAUGCUUCUCCUCCGCCCCCUACCGCGCCAGCCGAACUCAAUCUAGAGACUGUCAAUGCCCUUGUCAACAAAGCAUCUCGAAACCUCAUUCAGUACAAACAUCUCCUCGGCAUGCUGCGCUCAUCUACCAAAGCUCGUCCGCUUUCGCCAGAAAUUCAGAUCAAACUGGAGCAUGUACAUGGUUUCUUACAGAAUCGUGUGUUGAAAUUAAAUCAAAAAGUCAAUGAUGUCAACAUGUACAACCUCAACCUCAAGACCACAUCAGAGAUGACGGACUCAUUCUUUGUGCCUCUGUGGGAGCUCACCGUCAAUGACGACAAUGAGACGCUGUCGGACCUGGGCACGUCAAUGUCAAGGGUGAUGGCGGAUACCGAUGGAUUCAUGCGGAACAAGAUGGGGUUGAAGGCACGUGGCCUUGAAGCCAGCGAGGAUGACAAAGCCACCCAAGGCUUGAGAGCGAGUACUGAAGCGCUGGAGAGACUAUUGACCAAGGUGCUCCUCACAGCGCCGGGGGUUGCGCCACCCAGGUCCUGUUGA